AUGGUAGCGGUUACUCGUGCUGCGGCAGCACGUCAACAGCAAUCAUCAAAGGUAACUAGUACAGUUGUACUAGGUGCUGUAAGAAAAAGGUGUGUUAAAAAGAAGAAAAAAAUAGUUGGACAAUCUACAUCAUCAUCUGCUCCUUCGUCGUCAUUGCAAUCAUAUAACGAGGUCGCAGGCAAAAGUAAUAUUACUGAUGCUAGUAGAUACGAUCGUUACGGUAAUCCAACAGGAAGAGAAUAUGAUUUGGGCCGAGAUGGGGCAUUUAUGGGGUUUAAUAUUUUGAUUGCACAAUUCUAUAGCGGCUUUCAGUUCAAUGACGCAGCUAUGCAAGUACCGAUUGAUGCGCUGAAGGUCAAAGGCUUCCAAGUGAAACACGUAAAAACUGAGAAUGAAUGUAUAACAGAACUUGCUUCAAAUCGUUAUGAAACCGCAUGGAUUAUUAGUACCAAUCAAAUUCAAAAUUCAAAAUUUAUUUCAGCUUUAACAGCUUUUCAUUCAUCUGGUGGUGCUAUUUUUUUAUUUGCCGAUAAUACACCAUACGUAUGUCAUGCAUCUGAAUUUCUUAAAACAAAAUUUGGUAUUACUGUCGAAGGAAAUUAUUAUGGCGGAAAAACAAUGACGUACAAAGAAAAUGGUCAUCAGAAAAUCGGAAAUUUCGGUCAACAUGAAAUUUUUACUGGAAUCACAAAUUUAUUCGAAGGUAUCACCAUAUGUCAUCCAGUAUAUUCAACACCAGAAAGUCGCACGGCAUUCGUCACUAUAGCAACGGCUACUGAUGAUAAUUCUAGUAUUGCUGUAUAUGAUCCACCUCCGACGUCAAGAGAAGGACGAUUAUGUUUAGAUUGUGGUUUUACAAAAUUAUAUAUCAACUGGGAUUCAGCAGGCACAGCUCGUUACAUUGUUAACGCCAGCUGUUGGCUUUUACGAAUUGAAAACCGUUGA